GCUCUGAACUUGGAGUCAUGGCUUCCUACAGGGUGAUGUGUGUGACGGCUGUGCUGAGUCUGCUGAUUCCAGAGUCUGCGUCGCAGCUAUCCAUAUGUGGCAUAGCGCCUCAGAACAACAGGAUCGUUGGAGGAGUGGUGGCCCCUGACAACAACUGGCCCUGGCAGGCCAGUGUGCUCAGUUCUUCUAACAGACACUUCUGUGGAGGGUUCCUCGUUAAUGACGUGUGGGUGCUGAGCGCCGCUCACUGCUUCGAGGGGACCACAGCAAGCCAGGUGCGAGUGGCCGUGGGUCGUCAGCGUCAAUUCGGAUCUAAUCCCAACCAGGUGAUUCGGAACGUCGACCAGAUCAUCAAUCACCCUGAAUACAACACUGAUACCAGCGACAACGACAUAGCCCUGCUCAGGCUGGAAUCAGCGGUGCCCGUGAAUGAGAUUAGUAUCGUGCCCAUCUGCCUGGCAGCCCCGGACAGCUCCAUCCACACGGGGGUCAGCACCUUCGUCACCGGCUGGGGCACAUUACAAGAGGGAGGCUCUACUUCCAACGAGCUGAUGGAGGUGAGGGUGCCGAUUGUGGGGAACAGACAAUGUAACUGUAACUAUGGCGUGGGCCGGAUCACAGACAACAUGAUUUGUGCUGGAGAAGAAGGGAAGGACGCCUGUCAGGGGGAUUCAGGAGGUCCACUGGUCACCAAGCAGGGCGACCGUUGGGUUGGAAUUGGAGUUGUGAGUUUCGGAUUUGGUUGUGCCAGACCUGACUUCCCAGGAGUGUACGCCCGAGUGUCCCGCUACAUGAGCUGGAUCAAUGAGAACAUCGAAACCAACCAGCCAGGCUACGUCACCGUCACGUCCACGGGGACUGACAGCGACCUGAGUGUCACCUGCCGAGGCCUCCCAGAUCCAGAAACCUCCACCACCACCACCACCACCACCACCACCCCUCCAACUACCACACCCCAGCCGGUGGUGUGCGGUCAGGCCCCGUUGAACUCCCGUAUUGUGGAGGGGAGCUCGGUGGCCUCAGCUGGCAUUUGGCCGUGGAUUGCGAGCCUGCAGAGGAACGGGUUGCACGUGUGUGGUGGGACUCUGGUGUCCGAGGACGCUGUGAUGAGCGACGCCGACUGCUUCUCAAGCUCCUCGGUGGCGUCCGAGUGGACCGUGGUGUUGGGUCGACUGCAGCAGAGCGGCUCCAACCCCUUCGAGAUGACGCUGAACGUGACAAACAUCACUCUGAGCAGCCUGAGUGGCUCCAACGUGGCGCUGCUGAGUCUGUCCAGUCCACCCACCCUGUCCAACUACAUCCAGCCCAUCUGCCUGGACGACGGACGCACCUUCGCCGAGGGAACCACCUGCUGGGCCGCCGGCUGGAGCUCAGGACGAGGAGGAGAUCAACAAGUUCUCCAGGAGAUCCAGACCUCAGUGGCCAGCUGUGGAAACACGUCCACCUCGGACAACAUCUGUACCACCAACUUCACUCUGGAGCAGGGCGACGUCGGCGGCCCGUUGAUGUGUCAGCUGAGCGGCUCGUGGUUUCAGGCCGCCGUGUUAACGCUUCAAAACAGCUCGACCAGGGCGGUCCGCGCCGACACGGUGAACGUCUUCGACAGAGUGGACCGCUUCAACGUCUUUCUGAGGGACAACCUGGGCACGUUCCUGUCCACCGGCACCACCGGGGGGGCCGCCGCUCAUACCGGCACCCUUUUCUCCGUCCUCCUCAACCUCCUGGUCCUCGUCACGAGUCUCCAGCUGUUUUUAUAGAGACGUCCAGCCUCAUUUACAUGAUGUGACUUAAACAGAUGAAUGUGAGAGACGGAACGCGCAUCGCACCGGACCCAGUGAUCCGAAGGCCUAAAUCUCCUGGGAUUUUAUUUUUUUUUACCUUGCCAUGUAUUCAACAAUGUGUAGCUUUGGGAUUCUGACCUGGCGUGGUACCAAACUUUUAUUAUUGUGUCUCAUGUUACAUGCUUAGUCCAAAUCUGUAUUUUCUGAUCUUUUACGGGAAAAUCCGACUGCGGGCACACAGCACAUGUUAACCCGUUCAUAUACAAUCACACUGUAACUGGUUUCAUGUCAUGAAACAUUAUCACGGUAAAUAUUUAAGAAGUGAUUAUGUUGCAAAUUAACUGUGAAACUCUUAGAUGGUUCAACAAAUUAUUACUGUUUUCUGUUACUCCGUGACUUUUUGAAGGAACUAAUACAGCAGCGGUUUUGGGAAAAGGCUGGGGACUAUUGCUACUGUCAAAUAUAUAAAGGAGCUGGUCUUGCUAGUGGUGGCGCCUUUAAGCUGCACUUCGAUGGUUUAUAAUGAAGUAUUUAUGAGCUGAAGUAUCUUUAUUUGUUGAUCAGUGGAGAAAAACUGUGUUAAAAGUGCAUUUUUGUAAUUUUUACUCUCUGGAGAUCGAUGUCUGGACAGAGCGACUGGUGGUUUUUUAGCUAAGCGGCGUGUCGUCUACUUCAGGAACACGGUGAUGAAGAUCAGCUGCUCCGUCGUCUACCUCAUCACAGGCCUGCUGCCUGACAGUGAACUGAGAUGGACCGAAGCCGCUCUGUGACUGAGGAUUACUGCUGGGAGGCAAAGGUCUUCACGGGGAGACGCAAAACAAUCCUGUGGAUGUAAAAGUUUUGUUAAUUUAAAUCACAAUAUUUAAUAUGAAAUUGUUUUCUUUAAGUGGAGAAAUGUGCAUUUAUACUGAAGAUGAUUCAGUGCAAUUAAAAAAAGUGAACAUGUGUUA